AUGGCCGAUGGCCCCAUGGUGGAGGUGCCUGUGGCGGCUGCUGCAGCCAUGCCCUUGGAAGCUGGCGCUGAGGCGGUCCCGUUGGAGGAGGCCCACCCAGCUCAGGGCCUGACGAAGAACGAUAUAGGUGAACGCGAAGCCGAAGUACUUGAGUUGGCAAAGAACUGGAGAGGUGUCAGCCUGGAGAGAUACCUCUCCGAGAUCAAGAGCGGGCUCAAGACAAUCAGGCGUGAUGUUUUCUACGCUGGCGGGAUUGCAAUCGCGAAGUCAAAGGAGUUUCUGAGAAGAAGGCGAAGGUUUCCUUGCCCAGCGUCGCCAAGGCAGCGCGUCCAGCGCUGCUGCCUGCCCCCAGGAUGA